AUGAAAAGCUCGGAGGGGGGAAAAAGCAGCACAGCGAAGCCCAAGUUGCCGAGCGAGCGGAGCGCUCCCGAGGCCCGAAGCCCAGCUGCAGCCGCGCCCGGCAGCCCGGCCCGGCCCCGCCUGCUCUGGGCCCCCGCCGGCGGAGGCCGCCGGGCGGGGGCGGGGACGGGGACGACCAACUUGGGUCGCGGCGCAGCCCGGCUCUCCCGAGAGCACCGAGCCGGGGAGCGCCACCGCCACGGCCAGACGGCGGGAGCGGAGCGAGGCAAGCAGAGGCGGCAAGCGGCUCCCGCGCCGCAGCCCAGGCCUUGGCGAGAGCGCGACCCGCGCUUCUCCCCUGCUCAGGAGGGCCAGAGCCGGGGCUUUUCGCCUCCGAGAGGACGCCCAGCCCGGCCCCCUUGGGUCGGGACAUUGAGCCCCCAGCACCGGCCGCAGAACUGGAGACAGCGGAUUAACACCAGCGGAGCCCCGGCCUCCCCGCCCCAGCUCCGCGGAGGGGCGUCCCCUGGGCGGGGAAACGACAAGUUUGUCAGUCGUCGGUGGCCUGUUGGAUCCAAGCGCCUCCGCCUCUGCAAAGGGGUCCCUGGCGCCCAGAACCCCGAGCGGACAGCCCUGGGAACCCGGAGAGGCUCGGCGGCCGGGCUUCUCGGGCCGGGGCGCUGGCUGCUGCGCCGGGCGCGCCGAGGCACCCGGGGCCGGGCCAGCGCCCCCUGCGUUCCCACGCGGGCAGCGGCCCCGCCGGAGGAGAAACCCGGGUCGCUGCCGCUGCCGCCGCCACCGCCGCCUCCUCAGCCUCCUGAUUUCCGUCGCCGCCGCCCCCUCCGUCGCCUCUCGGGGAAGGGGAAGACGCAAGGGGCAUCGCAGGGCCCCGGCGGAGGCGCCCCCCACCGCCUCUCGGGCUGCGCCGCCUCGCGGGGAUGA